AUGGGUGGAUCUCAAAGUUCUGCUAAAGGAUAUGGUUAUCACAUAUUAAGGGUUAAAGAAAAUUCACCUGCUCAUACGGCUGGAAUAGAACCAUUUUUUGAUUAUAUAGUUGGAAUUAACGGAAUACCACUGGACACAGAAACUUCUGUACUUCAAGAACAAUUAUUGUUUAAUGUCGAUAAGGAAGUUAUAUUAUUAGUAUAUUCUACCAAAGAACAAGAGUAUAGAGAGGUUUCACUGAUUCCAAAUAAAACUUGGACAACUAACUCAGAAGAUGGUUUAAUUGGAUGUAGCAUUCGAUAUUGCUCUUAUGAGGUUCCUUCAACUGAUUAUGUUAUCGGAACACCACAUGAAGCAUUACGUAACGAAAAUGAUUUUUAUGAAUUGAUUGAGGCUCAUUUAGGAAAACCACUCCGCCUUUACGUUUAUAAUGCUGAUUUUGACGUUUGCCGAGAGGUUAUCAUUGUUCCUAAUCACGAAUGGGGAGGAGAAGGAUCUUUGGGAUGUGGCGUAGGUUAUGGAAUUCCAAAAACCAAUAAAUUCAAGUCUCGUGAACGAAAUUUUGAAUUAUCAUGGAACUCUUCUACAUAUCCACUUCUUCAUCCUUCGUCCGAACAGCCUUCAAGUACUAUUGCUUCUGCUUUCAAUCUUGAUGAAGAAGCUUCUGAGAAUGAAAAACAUACAUAUUCAAACCAACCUGACGAUUCAACUCCUGCUGAGGUAGUUAAAGAAGUUAGAAAUCAAAGUGAUGGUUAUAAUGAACAAAUAAUAAACGAUGAUCAAGUUUCAAUUAAAUCGAUUUCAAAUGGUGAUGAAAGUGAGAGUAUAGUCAUUGUUGAAAAGGAAAAUUAA